CGGAAACGGAAAUGCGUGGUGGCGUUAAAUUGUUGCCCCGCCUCCGGCCUAUCUCUUUUGGUCUCCGGCUGCCGCAACGCGAGGAGCCGCCGCCAUGUCCGCGCACCUGCAGUGGAUGGUCGUGAGGAACUGCUCCAGCUUCCUCAUCAAGAGGAACAAGCAGACUUACAGCACCGAGCCCAACAACCUGAAGGCCCGCAACUCCUUCCGGUACAAUGGGCUGAUCCACCGCAAGACUGUGGGCGUGGAGCCCGCCGCUGACGGCAAAGGAGUCGUGGUGGUCAUGAAGCGGAGAUCUGGUCAGCGGAAGCCAGUCACAUCCUACGUGCGGACCACCAUCAACAAGAACGCACGGGCCACCCUCAGCAGCAUCAGGCACAUGAUCCGCAAGAACAAGUACCGCCCCGAUCUGCGCAUGGCUGCCAUCCGCAGAGCUAGCGCCAUCCUGCGCAGCCAGAAGCCUGUGGUGGUGAAGAGGAAGCGGACCCGCCCCACCAAGAGCUCCUGAGCCUUCCCCUCCCCCCCAAAAAAAAAAGCAAUAAAGAAUUGUCACCUUUCUCUAC